AUGAUAUAUUGCACAAGCGCAAACCCAAAAGCUUCCGUAAUGCGCAAAUUUUGGGAGGGUCGAUGCAGCCUCCAGUGUCUAGAGGAGUGGUGGCACAUGCCCAAGCUUGUGGGAUCAUUGGAGCAGAAUUUCCGUGACCCCAGACUUGGCUCUGCCGCCGUGCUGUUGUUAUUGAAGAGUUGCAUUCUCUUUGUUGGAAGUUUGAGGCGGGGAGAGCCAUAUGUUCACGUGAAGCCAAGCAACAGCCUUCAACUGGGCAUUCAUCGUGCAGUUCCAAGAAGCUCCCAAAAUUCGCCUGCAAAACUUCUCUUCUCCCUUUCAAAAUUGAAGAAAGGAGGGCGUGUCCGGGAUCAAUACGAAGCGCGAGUUGUGGCUGUCUCUGGAAUUAUUCUGCCUGGAAUCGCGGCUCGCGGUGCCGCUCAAUAG